AUGUCGUUUUUCCCGGCUUUCCGUCUUGGUCCCUUCGCUGCCGAAUGGAUACGCCUUGCUUUGCUCUACUUUGACAUGGGCGCACCCCGGGAAGCCCGCGCAAGGGUUCUUUGGAUUGAAUUUAUAUGGGCCUUCAACUCCACCGGAGAAACCACCACGAAUCCUCCAAGCAUGGCGUCUGCAAGCAGUGUUUCCAUGCGGGAUGAGCUAUCCGUCGGCACUCUCGACCAUCCUAGAAUGCUCUUCGCCCCGAUGUUGGUUCUCGGCAAAUCCAGUUUAAAAGGGCGUGCCGUAUAUAAAGUCUCAUAA